UUCGUUAACCACUGCGCCACGACGGGAACUCCGCUGAUGGCUUCCUAAUCUGCAUCUCAGAUUGUGUUAGGCAGGAUGGGUUAGGUGAAGUGUGUUAAGAAACUAUCCCCACAUCUCAGUAGUGUCCCAUGAAAACGUUUAUGUCUUGCUCAUACAGAAUCCACUGCAGGUCCAGAUGUGAACUGCCUGGGGACAGUUCCAGAGAAACGAUUCUCUGUCUGGGGACUCAAUGAUCCAGCUUGAGCACUUUCAUCUUCACCUUCUCAUCACAAAAUCUCCAUGAUCAAUCACCCUGAAGGGGAAGGGGUCACAGGAGGUCUGGCUUCAGCUAAAAGGGGAAUACAUCACUUUCAUUCAUAGUCCACUGGCCAGAGCUUAUCACACGGCACUCCUAAACCGCCAGGGAGGCUCAGGGCCAGAAGGAGAGGAGAUCCGGUGUGGAGGAGAACUGGACUCUCUACCACACGAAUCUAGAUCUCUUUCAUGAGCCCCCGACCUGUGUAGCCAACUCCUCUCUCAACAUCUGCUUGAAUGUCCCACAGGCACCCUAGACACAAAGUGUCCCCAAGUAAACUCACUGUUUAUGCUGAAUCCUAUCCCCUCUUCUGUAUCUUCACUGUGAGUCAGUGAUCCAGGGCCGAAACCUGGGAGUCAUCUUGAGCCCCUCUGUCUCCCUGACCUUCCUCUCACAACCAACAAAAGACCAGAUCCAUCCCCUGCCUGCCCUCCCUCCUCUUCCCCAGGGCCAGUGCCUCGGAUCAGAUCAUCCCUCUUUCUCCUCGGGAACUCUGCAAUUCUGAAGGACUCCCCGCCCAGGGUCUGGCCCUCACCAGUCCCCCUGCCCUCUACUGCCCAAACCCAAACCGAACGUGAUCACGUCACUUCGCUCAGCAGUCUCCCCAUCACCUCCGAGGUGAAGUUUGUGUAGGGUCGUGCAUCAUAUGGUUUUACCCUUCCUCUAGAGCCUUGCCUCUUCCAUUCCUCAUCGCCACCCACCCUUCUUCCCUCUAGCACUGGCGAUGAUGAAGUACUUGCAUUUCCCCGGGCAGCACAAACAUGACAAAGCAUGUCUUUGCUCGUGCAGUCCCUGUGCAGAACUCCACUUCCUUCCUCUGCCAAGGAAAUGUGAUUCAGCUUUCAAGACGUUGCUCAAACAUCAUCUCGCCUGUGGUGCUUGACUCGACACCCACUCUCCUUACUGUACAACCUGAGCCCUUUCUCUUUCGACUCCCCACUCCAUCCUGUGUGUGUGACACAGCACGUUUGGGUCACAGUAAGUGCUCGGGUGGUGACAGAAGCAGCAAGUGAAAAGCUGGCUUAGACAAUAACAUCUUAUGACCGGACUUUUUCUUCAAAGGGGAAGACAACAUGGGAGGCAGUGGCUCCAAAUCUGAGCCCAACAAAAGUUCUUCCACAGCAGGACAAAAGGUCCGCACCACCACCACCACCACCACCACCACCGCCACCACCACCACUGCCACCACCACCACCGCCGCCGCCGCCACCACUGCCGCCGCCGCCACCACCACCACCACGGCAGCCCCGCGGCCACCGACCUUCUCGGCACCGCUGCAGUUUACCUCUACGCCCUUCUUCUCUGGCCACUUCAACAAAGAACAUCUGGUCUUAGCCUUUUUUGCUGGGGUUCUACUGACGCUGCUGCUGCUGGCCCUGGUCUUUCUCAUCACGAAGAGCUGCAGAAAGUGCCCCACUGGUGAGACUUGUCCCCUCUUCUUCCUGGCACUUGUGGCAGGUCGCGCCAGUCCCCGGGCCCCGGACCCUCCCUCAGAUCCUCCAGCCGAGUGUGCACCCCCUGAGGAGGCCCUUACUUAUGCCAACAUGACUUUCAAAAUCUCAAAAGAAAAGAGAGAUCACCUGACCCUGAGCCAUUCUGCAGACUCAGACCCCGUUGUUUACGCUCAAAUUAAAGAGACAAACUCACCUUGCCCUUCCAGGGAGGCUUGAGUCCCGUGCCUCUCACCUCAGCUGGGGCUUCCUAUGUCACCUUCCCUUUUAACCUGGGCCACACCCUGGCUGAGACCACAGCCGGAGCUGUCUGGCUGUGAUCAGGCAAAGCUAGCCAGCAGUUUUCAAGAACAAGGGUCAGUGUUUUUCCUGGCCUGAGAAGAGAUCUCCAACUCUCCUGCCUGGACCAGCAGCCUGUUAGCCCCUGGAUGGCUGGGACUGGCUCCUUGUCCCCUCCCAGCGUGCAUGGCACACAGCUCAGCAUACACAGCGCGUUCCCGCGGCAUCACCGAUCCACUUGGGGGGAGUCAACCAAGGGAACACCCUCGAGAGGAUCACAAAUAAAAGCAACCCCUCUGCAA